GAGGCAGUAGAUCCUCCAGCGCAGUGUGUGUGAGUGAGUGUGUGUGUUUGUGUGUGGCGCUUCCCAUACGCUGUAAGCACCUUUGUUUCUCUCGGAGAGCUUCACUUUAACAGGGGCGCGGGGUUCAAGUUGCUGAGACGGAGGGGGACCGCUUUGAAGAAGUGGAUCUGGACGGGUUUAAUACACCCUCCUCCCUCUACAGAACUACUACUACAAAGGGAGUGAACGGAGAGAGUUCCGCUGCGUAAACCGACACCGACCAUCGCGCCGCUCGCUCGCUGGCUCACUCGCUCUCCUAGCCGUCAAGAAAAGAAAAAGCAUGCGGGAAAACACAAGGAGCUGAAUCUGUCUUUGGAAAAUGCUGGAUUUGUUUGGGCUCGUUUUUAAAAUGCCGAUCUUGUGAGACCAAACGCUGUGUGCGUUUUCAUGCGUUUUUGGACGCGCUGACAGCCCGUGAGCGUUACGCACAGAGUCGCCAGAGGAGCCGUCGUGCGCAUCUGGAGCCUCCACACCAAUCAGAACCCCCCGCUUCCUCAUCCAAUCAGAACCCCAUAUACGGAGAAUAGAAAUGGGGUGUGCGAAAGUUCUUCUUGUGAUCUUCGUGAUCGGCUUUGAAAAGGGGAUCUGCGUCAACUGGAACCCCAUCCCACGCAAGACUGUAAAAUAUAAUGAUGUGCAUGACAGUAUGGCGAGGUUUCGUGCUGUCGGGGUGUGGAACUACACCAUGUUGACCCUGGCAGAACACGAGAGGGUUUUGUAUGUGGGUGCCAGAGAGAACAUCUUCGCCCUGGAUCCCAACGACAUCAGCAGACAGCUCCGACCACAGAUUGAGUGGUCUGCUCCUGCAGAAAAGAAAAAAGAGUGUGCAGCCAAGGGGAAGAAUAACCAGACUGAGUGCUUCAACUACAUUCGCUUCCUGCAGAGCUACAAUCACACGCACCUGUAUACAUGCGGGACGUACGCCUUCCAGCCCAAAUGCACCUACAUUAAUGCAGAUCAUUUCACUCUGGAUAGCGCCGCCCUGGAGGACGGCAAGGGAAAGUGCCCUUACGACCCCGCCAAAGGUCAUACAGGCCUCAUUGUGGACAAAGAGUUGUACUCCGCCACCCUCAAUAACUUUCUGGGCACAGAGCCCGUAAUUCUGAGGAACCUGGGGCAACAGCAUUACAGCAUGAAGAGCGAAUACCUGCCGGCCUGGCUCAACGAGCCAAACUUUGUGGGUUCAGCGCUGGUCCGGGAGAGUCGCAACAGUAAAGACGGAGACGACGAUAAGAUCUACUUCUUCUUCAGCGAGAGAGCGGUGGAGCUGGACUGCGACAGUGAUCUGACCGUGGCGAGGGUGGCACGUGUGUGUAAGGGCGAUCUGGGUGGCACACGGACCCUGCAGAAGAAGUGGACCACCUUUCAGAAAGCUCGGCUGAUGUGCUCUUUCCCAGAGCGCCACAUCACCUUUAAUAACCUGCGGGCAGUCUUCACCCUGCCUGGGGCUGACUGGAGGACUACUAGUUUCUAUGGCAUAUUCCAUGCACAGUGGGGGGACGUGGAUGUGUCUGCUGUGUGUCAGUACCAGAUCGGGGAGGUGAAAAAUGUGUUCGACGGGCCGUAUAAAGAAUACAGGGAGUCGUCUCAGCGAUGGGGCCGUUACACUGGCACUGUGCCCAGUCCACGACCUGGAGCGUGUAUCACCAAUUUUGACAGGGAAAAUGGCUACAACAGUUCUCUCCAGCUGCCUGACGCCACGCUCAACUUUGCCAAGAAGCACCCGCUGAUGGAGCUCAGGGCUGAAGCUCGCCCUCUGCUGCUCACUAAAGGCAUCAACUUCACCCGAUUGGCUGUGGACCGAGUGAGCUCGCUGGACCAGAGAUCCUACAACAUGCUCUUCAUAGGCACAGCGGACGGAUGGCUCCAGCGUGUGGUGAUUUUGGGUUCAGAGGCUCAUGUGAUAGAAGAGAUCCAACUGUUUGAUCGACAGCAACCGGUGGACAGCCUCACCGUCUCCCACAGCAAAAAGUAUUUGUACAUUGGCUCCAGGUCUGAAGUUCUUCAGCUGCCCUUGGCAAACUGCAGCCGGUACCAUUCACAGCCAGACUGCCUGCUGUCCAGAGACCCGUACUGUGCCUGGGACAGCGAGGGACGAGCUUGUGUCCGCAUCGACCUCCAUCGCGGCUCCACAUCCACACUCUCGCAGGACCUCAUGCUGGAGAGGUUCAACCGAGGAAAAGCCAAGUUUGAUAAGCCUUUCUCCAUCCCCAGUCCUGAUCAUUCAAGGUUAAGAAAUGUGACAGUGGUCGUUGGCUCAGAUCUGGUAUUGCCCUGCAAUCUCGUUUCCAACUUGGCCCAGCCAUUUUGGGAGCUCAACGAGCGAGAGCUUGCUCUGGUGGAAGGAGAAGCCAUUGGGCCACGAUUCGACCGGGCGCUCCGUGCCCUCGUCAUCCCUCAAGCCGGAUCUCUUCAAGCAGGCCGCUACAUCUGCUACUCUGAGGAGCAGGGCGUGAAGUUCCAGACCGAAAGAUACCAGGUCGCAGUGGUAGCCAGCGCACCUGUCUUCAUGGAGGCCCGAGCUCCAGACGGUAGCAUGGGUUUAUUCUGGGUGCUGGUGAUCACGUUAGGUGCUGCUUGUCUGUUGCUGCUAAUUGCAUCUUUGUACCUUCGAAGAAGACUGAAGUUGGCAUUAGGCAAAGGGGCGGAAAUGAAGCCACUGGAGAGCACUCUGGUAUACCCCAUUACCUUGCCCAAAGAACCUCCCAGCAGGCCGUCGUUUGUGCCAAGCAGGAUGGCAAACGAUGAGGAUCGCUUCUGGGAAACGGGAGCUAAUUACUACUGCUCAGACGGCUCCCUAAAAAUCGUUCCUGGCCACGCAAUGUGCACCACUGGGAGUUCAGCAUCUCCAACUGCCAUUCCCGGUCAGCCAAUUCACUCGCCGAGCAGGCUGAGCCUCACCAACAUUCGAAACUCAAGCACUAAUGGAUACAUUCGCUUGAAUCUGAGCACAGCCGGAGAGGAGAGAGCGAGUACGGGAGCAGGAAUGGGCAUGGGAAGCGGACUCGGACUGGGCAGCCGAGAGAACGAUUACUCCAGUCCGUUCAAAGAGGAGCUCCGGAGAACUCUGCAGCAGAGGAGUGUGCUUCCUGAUGCCAAUCCCGAGGAGUCUUCUGUGUAGAUCUCACAGGAACCACAGAAAACCUCACCUACCUCCCUCCUGCUUGGGGAACUCUCUUCAUUUUACUCAACAACCCACUUCUACUCUGUGAACUCUUGGCGAACAUCUCCCGUGCCAUAAGGCCACCGUGCUUCAAAACAUUCCCUUUGGAUUAUUCCGGUUCUCUUGUGUACUCAACCGAGACUAAACACAACUCGCAAAGCUUUUGUAAAUGUCUGUAUUUAAAAGGACCAGACCGACAGGGCCUUGUGUUGAUCUUGGCUAACAGGUACAUCUCUGAGAGGAACCCAAAUAGCCGAAUGUAGCUGUCAGUUUGAAAUGCGUAAAGCAGGAAAUCUGGCAACGGAUACUUAUCAUUUGGCAAGCUGGAGGAUACAGAACCUAUUUUUGACGUCCAGAGGUCACUUGCCUCGGUUAAAGCAGGUGUUUGGACAUGUUUUUUUUUUUUGUAUGGGUAAAACAUAUGAGAGGAGGUGAAGAGGACAUGAACUUAAAAUCGCAAGAUGACAAUCACGCGCUUCUCUCUCACGAGGAUCCCUGAGGAAAAUUAUUCAAGAGGCGAGAGAGGGGAAAAACAAUUGUGAGCUGUAAAACCGAAACAGGACUUGAAUAAUGAACAAAUGCUUUGCCUUUCUUUCUUGACAACUCAAUAAUGUUUUUUUUAAAUGUUGUCUUUUUUCUGAGAAUGUGUUUUAAGACUUGCAGCACUAAUAUAUUGUGAGGUUUUUCAUGUCUGUUUAUUGCAUCUGUCAAAGAAGGAUUUCUUUCUGUUUUGCUUUUCUUUUUUACAAUUAAUAGUUUCAUCUUAAAUGUGAAAGGAUUACCAGUCGUAGUAGCAUGAGGAAGGACAGAAUGUUGUACUAAAACUGUGUUGGAUGUGACAGCAAGUGCAUUAUUGUAUUUGUUUGGCUUGAACUGCCAAAUGAAGUACAACCCCAGUGUUUGCCUACCUGUUGAUGGAAUGAAGCAUUUCUUCUGGAAGGGUGUAGAAGACUCUGCUCAUGUGCUGAAGCCGGAUUCUUCUCCUUGAAGGGGAUCCUUCAAAGAAGCUGGACCUGUUAAUAAGUCCAGAAAGAGUGGAAGAGGCUACGGUGAAUCAAACACAUUGUGGGCUUUGCAUCUAUUAAACAGAGAUUCGAUUUCAAAACAGGGUGAAAACAUUAAGAAGAGGAUAUUUCAUUCCGUUGACCUUGAUUGUGAAGACAAAUGAAGGAGUUUUUGAUUAUCCGUGACCCUGUGGGUGGAGAGGCACUACAACGCUCAUCACUAGUCCAUAUUUUUUUUUUUGCAUGGUGUUCUGCAGAGUAUAUCAUAUAAGUUUCAACAACAAAAAGUCAAAUACUUCACAUUAAAAAACUGUUUUUAUACCUGUGCCUCUUCACCUUGGGUGAAGCCAAAGCAGACUGCAGAUAUGUUUCUUCUCCGUCUCCUGUUUUUCUUUUUUUAAUCUCUAUUUUAUGUUCUGUAAUUUGUCCAUUGCACAGAACUCGAGUGUUGUCUAAAAUCUUUCUUACUAUACUCUUGUUUUGGUGGAAUGCUAUUCUUUGUGGCAUGAGAGCUUUACAAUUUUCUCAAGCGGCUUUCCAUUCUGUCAUUCGCUCUUUUCUAGUUCUCAAUCUAGUGCGUGACAUGCAGCAUAAGAGGGAGGUUUACACUUGUUAGAAAAGAUCAUUGUGCUAAAAAGUACACUGAGAAUUGUUAGAUUAACAAGGACUGAAUCCUUUCCGCCGGGACUUCUCAGGGUGGGCUUCUGACUCUCUUGAAAUAGUGAAAUUUCACUGUUCUUAAUUUCACUAAUUGCUUUGAUAACUACUGACUUGAAGUCAGACUUUAGUCAAAGAAGUAAUUUCACUGAGCGACCGCAAGUGUUGCAUAUGCUUGUUUGCAUCAUGCAUGGCUUUUUUUGUACUGACCAGUAUUCCCUGCUUGAUUAAAAAUAAAUAUACGGUCAUCUCAGUUCAUUUUGAUCACACAUGGCUUUAAAUCUGCUGUUUCUUUGUGAGUUUUUGUAUUACAGAUUUUCUCUUUUCUUGCAUUUAAAGAUCUUUAAAAUGUGGCUGUUAUUUUCUCUAUCUUUUUUUUUUUUUUGGUAAUUAUGUUAAGUAACUUAUUUUGCUUGUACAAAAGUUGAUAUUUAUUACCAUUGUACAUAUGCCCUUAUUUUUUAUAUAUGUAUAUAUCUACAGAAAAUAAAAGUAGAGAUCAGUUCA